UUGCUUUGGGUGGCAGAGAGCAGCCUGUGUUUUCCUUCUUCACUGCAAACCACCCUUUCUAGCCCUAACCACAAUUACCACCUCUUCAUGCACUUGGAGAGAGGACCACACACACCUCCCCACAUUCGAUUCACAUCAAUCUCCUCUCUGUUGCCUUUAAGUUCUGAUGUCUCUCCAUUUCAUUUCGCCAAGUGCUUGGUUUUGACUUGGUCAUAUCAUCCACUCCUUCAAUGCUUUGAACUACCAUGAGCCAUAUUAUUCUGCAGUGUCUUGCUGAAUGCCGGAUUCUUACUUCCCCCUCCGGUGGGAGAGCACCGGAGACCAGUGGUGGUACGCCUCCCCGAUCGAUUGGGCAGCAGCUAAUGGCCACUACGACCUCGUCCGGCAGCUGCUGCAUCUCGACGCCAAUCUCCUCAUAAAGCUCACCUCCCUUCGCCGCAUCCGCCGGCUUGAGACGGUGUGGGACGACGACGCCCAGUUCGUGGACGCCGCCAGAUGCCGGUCCACUGUCGCUCGCCGCCUGCUCCAUGAGUGUGAGGGGAGGAACGGGAAGAACUCGCUGAUCCGUGCCGGCUACGGUGGAUGGCUUCUCUACACUGCAGCCUCGGCAGGGGACAUGGGCUUUGUGCAGGAGCUGCUCCACAGAGAACCACUGCUAGUCUUCGGUGAAGGGGAAUAUGGCGUCACUGACAUCUUCUAUGCCGCGGCGAGGAGCAAGAGCUCGGAGGUCUUCAGGCUUCUGUUCGACUCUGCGGUGUCACCGAGGCGGUCCAUAGGUGGCGGUGGAGGAGCAGACUCUGGUUUUAGGUGGGAGAUGGUGAACAGGGCACUCCAUGCUUCUGCCAGAGGAGGGAGCUUGGAGUUCUUGAAGGAGCUUCUGGUGGACUGCUCAGAUGUGGUGGCUUACAGAGACAUCCAGGGAUCCACCAUCUUGCAUACUGCCUCUGGUAGAGGACAGGUUGAGGUAGUCAAGUAUCUACUUGUAUCUAUCGACAUGAUCGACUCCAGAGACAAGAAAGGGAACACAGCAUUGCAUAUAGCAGCCUUUCGAGGACACUUACCUGUUGCAGAGGCCCUGAUGGCGGCUUCACCCUCUUCCUCCCGUUCGAUCAAUGAAGCUGGCGACACCUUCCUUCACAUGGCAGUGGCAGGCUUCAGAACCCCGGGUUUCCGCAGGCUCGACAGGCAGAUGGAGCUGGUGAGGAAGCUGAUCGAUGGAAACGCUGCGAGCGUUCAAGAGAUCGUCAAUGUCAGAAACAAGGACGGGAGGACCGCCCUCCAUAUGGCCGUGAUCGGCAAUGUGCAUGCGGAUUUGGUCGAGCUCCUGAUGACGGUCCGAUCCAUCGACCUCAACGUUCGAGAUGGCGAUGGCAUGACGCCGCUGGAUGUGCUCCGACAGCACCCUCGAUCGGCGUCGUCGGAGGUGCUGAUCAAGCAGUUGAUCUCUGCGGGAGGGAUGGCGAACUCGAAGGACUACAGAACGAGGUCGGCCAUCGCUUCCCACCUAAAGAUGCAAGGCGUUGCGAAGAGCCCAGGCACCGCGUUUAGGGUUUCGGAUGCGGAGAUAUUUUUGUACACGGGCAUCCAGGCAUCGGACGCCAGUGCGAGGCCGAGCUCGUGCUCGAGCGCCAGCAAGAGCGAGGUCAGCCACUUCAGUGCCGGUUCGGAUAGGAGGAAGAAGCAGCAGAUCGGUUCCAUCGGCAAUGUGGCGAGGCAUCUGAGGGUUCUACUCGGGUGGCCUCGGAGGAGGGGGAAGACGGCCGAGACUUUAAAGAAGGUGGUGGGAGAUGAUGAGUCGUUGGAGUCCUUCAAGAAGUUGGUCGACCGGGGAGAAGCUCCGACUCCACUCCGGCAGCAGUUCUCCAAGUCGACAUGGAUGAUGAUGAUGAUGGCAAGCAACAAGCGACCUCUUUCCGUGAGAAGCGCGGUGCCGAGUCCAGCCACGAGGAAGAAGUUUGCUGCAUCGUCUGCGAUGGAGAAACGGAAGGGCAUUUGUUCGGAGAACGAGAAUGAUGGCGCCUCCUGUUCCAGUUCCUCCAUGAAUUAUAGUGCGGUGGAGAAUGCGACCCCGAGAUGGAGCCUUGUGAACGGCAGACCGAUGAGUCAGUACUUCUGCUUCGGGGCACAGCACAUGGAAGCAGAUGAACAGCAAUCUAAUCAUGCAUCCAAGCCCUCACUGGUGGCAUCAGCGGUUUGAUGAUCUUUAGUUUAAGCAUUUGGUGCAGUCAGUAAUACCCUAUCCAUGGAGUCUGUCUACGUUCUGCAAAGCUUUUGAAGUUUGCAUCUGCUUUGUGUUGUGGAGAGUUUCAUAUAGCUGCUACCUGUUCGGAAGCUUUUAUAAUAGGAAAUUAAGAUAAAAAAUAGAACUGAUGCUGUUCUGAAUUGCGUUUA